GAUGGAUAAAUUUAAUAGAUCAGUAAUCGUUUCUGGAGAUAACAUACCUUUUGACAUAAUCGGAAUUCAUGGACCUAAUUUACUGAAAAAUAAUUUACAUUAUACAUUUGAUUGUUUAACACAAUUUCGAAGUGACUUGAGAAAAUAUUUAUCCAUAAAGAAAUAUGGAGAUUGCUUGUUUACCUUCACCUAUAAACUUAACUAUACUUCUUGCAUGAAAGAUUACUAUUCCAACUUUUUAUGUGAACGUACUCGUGAUCUUACUCUUCUUCCAGAGAAUUUCUCGUACAAUAGUCUUGAUGUUAAAGGGUUUUCUUCCUGUCCGAAAGGGUUUUUCGCCUGUAAACCCGAAAAUUUUUGUAUUAGUAUUGUCCAAGUUUGUGAUGAGAUUCCUGAUUGCCCAACUGCCAACGAUGAACUAAAUUGUAGUGGUUCUAUUGAAUUUAUUUGCGAAAAUAUGGAAAGAGUGCCAAUGACUUCCCUAUGUAACCAUCGGAUUGAUUGUUCUGAUAACAGUGAUGAAAAACAUUGUGAAUUUAAUUGCUUAAACAGCAAUUUUCAAUGUAAAACUGGUAAAUGUAUACCAAUGAGACAAUUUUGUGAUUCGGAGAUCAAUUGCAUAGAUAGAAGUGAUGAAGACUGCAAAGAAAAUUGUACCACUUUCUUUUGUGAAAAACGUUGUCUAAGAGACAAAAACAUUUGCGAUCUGAAACAAGACUGCACAAAGGAAGCAGCAGAAAAGGACGAAAUUCCAGAGCAAUGUUUUAAGGGAUAUUAUAGAAACUUUUCCAAAAAAAAUUUCCUGAAGUCGGGUUGUGAUCCAUUGCAACCCGAAAAACAAAUAUUUAUCAGACAUCAUUAUAACAAAUCAAGUAGUGAAACUUUUUGUAGGGUAAAAUAUGACUCAAUGGGAGAGCUUAUAACAAAACCACAUUAUCCAUUUGAAGAAUUACGGGAAUGUUUACAUAUCAAAUGUAAACAACACGAAUAUCAAUGUCGAGACAAAAAUUAUUGCAUAUCGUUGGAAAAUGUUUGCGAUGGAAUAAGUCACUGUUACUUUAGCGACGAUGAAAUAGCUUGUGGUAUAAAUAAUUCUCAUUUGUAA